AUUAAGCAUAAAAAAAUAGAAAGAAAUAUCUUAAAGGCAUUGGUUGUGUUGUGUGUCAUGUACAACAGUCUUUGACUCCACGAUUUCUCACGUGAAGUUCCGUUUGAAACAGAACACACUAGAAGGCCGGCACACUGUAAGUUCCGAUUUCAACUCCGCAGCAGAUUACUCUUCCUUCUCGAUCCACACAUUUCACUCUUCUCUUCGCAGCCUCACUCUCACACCACACAUUCACUAUUCCGUCUCGCGGAUCGCACCGGAAAUCGCACGAAGUGAAAGGUCGCCGGGAGAAGUGUUUCACUGAUCGCGAUUCGCCGCGCCGAUUUAGAAGUGGAACCGCAAUGGAGGCGCAGCAGAGAAGGGGAGGAGGCGGAAUGAUACCGUUGUCGCCGUCGCAGACGCCGCGCUCCAGCGAUAAGCCGGUGCGAGAUCUGCGAUCUGCGGAUUCGAAUUCAAACAGUCACAGCAAGUAUGAUAAGGACAAAGGCGUCAAUGUGCAGGUCCUCGUACGGUGCAGGCCAUUGAGUGAAGAUGAAAUGAGGCUGCACACGCCGGUUGUGAUAUCGUGUAACGAAGGUAGACGGGAGGUUUCAGCUGUUCAGAGCAUCGCCAACAAACAGAUCGAUAGAACCUUCGCGUUUGACAAGGUGUUUGGUCCUAACUCUCAACAGAAAGAACUGUAUGAGCAGGCAGUGUCUCCUAUUGUGUAUGAAGUGCUCGAGGGCUAUAACUGCACUAUUUUUGCGUAUGGACAGACCGGGACAGGGAAGACUUACACAAUGGAAGGAGGUGGAAGAAAGAAGAAUGGUGAAUUUCCGAGUGAUGCUGGUGUCAUCCCGAGAGCCGUGAAACAGAUUUUUGAUAUAUUGGAAGCUCAGAAUGCUGAGUAUAACAUGAAAGUAACGUUUCUAGAGCUUUACAACGAGGAAAUAACUGAUCUUUUGGCCCCUGAGGAGACAACAAAAUUUAUAGAUGACAAGUCUAGGAAACCAAUUGCUCUAAUGGAGGAUGGGAAGGGGGGUGUUUUUGUUAGGGGUUUGGAAGAAGAGAUUGUUUGCACUGCAAAUGAAAUUUAUAAGAUAUUGGAAAAGGGUUCUGCAAAGAGGCGUACAGCUGAGACUCUUCUUAACAAACAAAGCAGUCGUUCUCACUCCAUAUUUUCUAUCACAAUUCACAUUAAGGAAUGCACGCCAGAGGGUGAGGAAAUGAUUAAAUGCGGGAAGCUAAAUCUUGUGGAUCUUGCAGGCUCUGAGAAUAUUUCACGAUCUGGUGCAAGAGAGAGUAGAGCAAGGGAGGCUGGGGAGAUUAAUAAAAGCUUGCUUACACUUGGUAGAGUGAUUAAUGCUCUAGUUGAGCACUCAGGUCAUGUUCCAUAUAGGGAUAGCAAAUUAACCAGAUUGUUGAGGGAUUCCUUGGGUGGUAAAACCAAAACGUGCAUUAUUGCAACAAUAUCACCUUCCAUUCACUGUCUGGAAGAAACCCUUAGUACCUUGGAUUAUGCACACCGUGCAAAAAAUAUCAAGAACAAACCAGAGAUUAAUCAGAAAAUGAUGAAAUCUGCAAUGAUUAAGGAUUUGUAUUCUGAAAUUGACAGACUAAAGCAAGAGGUGUAUGCAGCAAGAGAGAAGAAUGGAAUCUAUAUACCUCGCGAUCGCUACCUUCAUGAAGAAGCAGAGAAGAAGGCAAUGGCUGAGAAGAUAGAACGCAUGGAACUAGAAGCAGAGUCUAAGGAUAAGCAAUUGAUGGAGCUUCAAGAACUCUACAAUUCUCAGCAACUUUUGACUGCCGAAUUAAGUAUUAAACUUGAAAAAACUGAGAAAAGUCUAGAAGAAACUGAGCAGUCGUUGUUUGAUCUUGAGGAGAGGCACAAACAAGCAAAUGCAACAAUCAAGGAAAAGGAAUUUUUGAUAUCAAAUCUCCUAAAAUCUGAGAAAGAACUCGUGGAGCGUGCUAUUGAACUACGAGCAGAGCUUGAGAAUGCUGCAUCAGAUGUGUCAAACCUGUUUUCUAAAAUUGAGCGGAAGGAUAAAAUUGAAGAGGGAAAUAGAAUACUUAUCCAGAAAUUCCAGUCUCAGUUAGCUCAACAACUUGAAGUUUUGCACAAGACAGUUUCAGCUUCAGUAAUGCAUCAAGAACAGCAACUGAAGGACAUGGAUGAAGAUAUGCAGUCUUUUGUAUCAAUGAAAGCAAAGGCUACUGAAGAUCUUAGAGAACGAGUAGGAAAGUUGAAAAACAUGUAUGGUUCUGGUAUCAAAGCUCUGGAUGAUUUAGCUGAGGAGCUUAAAGUAAAUAACCAGUUAACUUACGAUGACUUGAAAUCUGAAGUAGCCAAGCAUUCAUCUGCCUUGGAGGAUCUUUUUAAAGGAAUUGCCUUAGAAGCUGAUUCAUUACUAAAUGAUCUUCAAAGUAGUCUUCACAAGCAAGAGGCGAAUUUAACAGCUUAUGCUCGUCAACAACAAGAGGCGCAUGCUAGAGCAGUAGAGACUACACGUGUGGUUUCUAAAAUAACGGUGAACUUUUUUGAGACAAUAGACAGGCAUGCAUCUAGUCUGACGCAAAUUGUGGAAGAAGCACAAUUGGUAAAUGAUCAGAAAUUGGGUGAACUUGAGAAGAAGUUUGAGGAGUGUACUGCCUAUGAAGAAAAACAACUAUUGGAGAAAGUGGCAGAAAUGCUAGCAAGUUCAAAUGCAAGAAAGAAACAACUGGUUCAAAUGGCAGUCAAUGAUCUUCGAGAAAGUGCAAACUGUAGAACUAGUAAGCUGCGACAAGAAGCAUUAACCAUGCAGGAUUCCACUUCUUCUGUCAAGACAGAAUGGAGAGUUCAUAUGGAAAAAACAGAAUCCAACUAUCAGGAAGAUACCUCUGCUGUAGAACAUGGGAAGAAAGACCUUGUGGAGGUUCUUCAAAUCUGCCUCAACAAGGCAAAAGUAGGUUCACAACAAUGGAGAAAAGCUCAAGAGUCUUUGCUUGGCCUGGAGAAGAGAAAUGCUGCUUCUGUGGAUACUAUUGUUAGGGGAGGAAUUGAAGCUAAUCAAACUCUACGUUCUCGUUUCUCAAGUGCCGUGACAACUACACUCGAAGAUGCAGGAAUAGCAAACAAGGAUAUUAACUCAUCCAUUGAUCAUUCGUUGCAACUUGAUCAUGAAGCUUGUGGGAAUCUGAACUCUAUGAUUAUUCCUUGCUGUGGUGAUUUGAGAGAACUAAAGGGUGGUCAUUACCACAAAAUUGUAGAGAUAACUGAACAUGCAGGGGAAUGUCUUCUCAACGAAUACGUGGUCGACGAACCAUCUUGUUCAACACCAAGAAAGAGACUCUUCAAUUUGCCCAGUGUUUCAUCCAUAGAAGAACUAAGAACCCCAUCGUUUGAGGAGUUGUUGAGGUCAUUCUGGGAUGCAAGAUCUCCAAAACAUGCAAAUGGAGAUGUUAAACACAUCGGGGCAUAUGAAGCCACUCAAUCAGUUAGAGAUUCCAGAGUUCCUCUUACUGCUAUUAAUUAGGGACAGUCGGAAUUCUGUAAAUAGCAUAUUGUUCAGAUGUAAUUGCAUAAAAAUAUAUAUUCAUUUAUUUUAUUUUUUGAAAAAUAGAUGAAAAAGGAAAAAAAGAAGCCGGAAUAUGUAAAAGGUUACCCUUUUCUAUAGUAACCUGUGUCAUUUUGAGAUUGGUACGCACUACAUUAAUAUAAUUUUUGGGGGUGUUUGUAUUA